ACCAGUAUUUAUUUACAAGAACUUUUUAAUCAGAAUUAUGUAUUUGUUUUGGAUUUGAUUUUACUAUGAAAUAAUUUGACUCGAGCUUUGAAGAUUCAAAAGCUGUCUGUUUUCUUCAUCUUUUAUUUGUGGGCAAUGUACAGAAUGGAAAAAUGUCUCUGUUGAGGAGAAAUAACAUUAAAUACAUGAAUAAACAUUAGAAAUGGCAGGGAAGAUAAAACAACUAGAGUUAAUUGUAUAAAGUAAUUCAUUCAAAAUUACUUUAUACAUUCAGAACAGUGACAAUUGGGAGGCGGAGCCUGGCUGAGCAGGGACAUGGCCGCAUAAUCCCCGAGCUCUGCCUAGGCCUAGCCGUUAUCUACAGCCAUCAAACGCACCCGAGCCCCCUGAUAUCCCCAAAACACCCGGACACCCACCCCAAUACCCCCGCUCACGCCCUCCAUGGGUGGCGGCAAGAAAACCCGCAACUCUGCGGUCGCGCCAAUUUUUCAGCAGAAGGCCGCGAAGGCCCAGGCGCCAUCUUUAACACACUCACCGUCUGACACCGACUCCGAGAUGAGCAGCCACACGGUCUCGGACCGGGCGGAAGCCCCACUAACACGGCGAGAUAUGAGAGGGUUCCUUGCCGACUUCCGCAAAUCGGUGGCAGAAGAGCUGGACAAGAAGCUGGGUCCGAUAAUGGAGGGGAUGGCGGACCUGACGGCCCGAACGCAGGCCGCUGAAUCGAAAAUGGCGGAGGCAAUGGAGGCCGUGCAGGCGCAUGGCGGGGAGCUCCAAGACCUCCGUGAGCAACUGCGCACCCUAGAGGACUGUGAUGAAGUGCCCUUCGCCACUUGGUCCUGGAGAGGCCUACUUGCCAGCCUCCUCCCCUGUGACUAUGACUCUUUCAUGUAUCUGGCUUUAAAGCCCCUAGUCUACCUUCAGACAGACUAUUUAUGUAGGUUGCUUUAUUUAUCUUAUGUUUUAGUCACCCUGUACCCAUUAUAGGUGCAGGGUGUGUGUAAUGUAAUUGUUUAUAGUUUGUGUGUGUGUGUACUGUGAAAUGUAUUGCCUGCUCUCCUGUACUGCUGAGGUUUGCUACCAACUAGGUGGGUUUGGCUAUGGAGCUUGUCUAGUGCCCUCUGUUGGUAGCAACAGCAAUAUGCACUACCUGAAUUGCAAGACUGGUUCAUUUGCAUAUUCGGGUAGAUUUGCAUAUUGCUAAUUCUGCAGGCAGGUGAGAUAUUUACUGUUAAAUAUUGUCUCCCCCCACCCCUUUAAAAAUGUGCCAUUGUGUUGUGAUAAGUCACUGUGUGUUUCUUGAUAUGGUUUGACUGUUUGUGAUUUUAUUGAGGUUUCACAACAAUGUUAUUGUGGUGACCCUAUUGGCUGGUCCCAAGGGAAAUAAAGGUUUUGACAGUUCUUCUUGAUCCCUCUAAACGUAGCCUUGUCUCGUUAUUGGAGGGAGCUGUUAUAAUCACACUGGGGAUUGCUAUGCUCUGCAUGCUCCCCUGAGCUUGAGUCACUUAGCUCUUUUAAGAGAUUGUUCCUGACACGCUCUCCUUGGAGGAGGGGUCUUCACCACACAGUCCUGGAGGACAGAAGCUGAUCCAGGGUGGAAGGAAGACGGCGAGACUCCAGUCAAGAUACGGAGGUUGCGGAGUCUGCGGUGGUUGUGGUGUCUGCUGCAGUGCUUGGGAGUUCUCAGGAAGCGCUAGGAGCAUCCAUCAACGGAGGGUACUCAGUCGGAGUACAAGGAGCUCCGUUACAAGGACUCCAAUGAGGACCUCAACAACAGGACCAGAAGGAAUAACAUUAGGGUGAGGGGCAUACCGGAGACCAUCUCCACGGAACUGCUUACUGCCACCCUCACAGAAGUGUUCCAGCACCUCCUGCCAGAGGCCUCCACCACCGACCUACUCAUGGACCGGGCACACCGGGCGCUGAGAGCUCCCAGCACCAACACAGCCACCCCAAGGGACGUGAUAGUGCGACUCCACUUUUACCAUAUAAAGGAGCGCAUUAUGAAGGCAGCCAGAGAGACUCCCAUAGAGGUGGAGGGCGUCCAGGUCCAGCUGUUCCAAGACCUGGCGCCGACCACCCUGAAAAAACCACUCACUCAGCACCUCACACAGCAUGGCCUCAGGUACGCUUGGGGCCACCCUUUCAAGCUCAUCGUCUGUAGGGAGGGCAGGUUCCACUCCAUCUCACAUGCCGUGGAAAUCCAUGCCCUCCUGAACCACCUGGGCCUUCCACGACUACCUGAGCCUCCCCCAGCUGCCUCGGGAUUUGCCACAUCGCAAGCAGCACACCGCAACCUACCGGCCAGAGACAGGCAUACUCAGCAACCACACGCAGAGACACCCAGGCCUGACGCCGCACGCAACUAGACGACAAGCCACAGACGCAGCGUGAGCACCGACCGGACACGGUACCAGCACCACCGACACAGCACCAGAACCACGCACCCCAUCAGGCCACAGACCGACCCCACACAGUGAGCCUGACCCUCUCUAGAGAGAACUCUCUAGCCAGUACCCGAAGGCCACAAACACCACCACAACGACAGAGCAUCAACCCUACUAACCCGUCGACAGCGCUCGCCACAGAACCGGAGACCCCCGGCGACCGAGACAUCAUGAGAGGACAUCACAGCAUGCAGGGGACAGGGACUACUGAACCGGACACUUUCUCCCCACGAACUAUGGUCUCAGGUCUGCAAGUUUUAAUGGGGAACCAUAUCUACACACAUUACACCUGCAGCCACCGAACACCCACAAGGGACGGGGGGGCUGUGGGGGGGUGGGCGGGGAGGGGGGCAACCGGGAGGGGGUUGGGGGGCGGGCAAGACCUCAAGGAAUACGACACGCCUCACAGACAAGUCUGGGGACACAGCAAGGGGCCCAUCGCUACCUGGGGGGGCCGACCACACCUGGCAGUGCCCGGCCUUUAGACGGGUUUCACUACACACCUCAAGCCCCCACUUGACAGACCACACAGUUCAAGGGGACCGCAGACACCUCAGCAAGGGGCCGAGCGGACUGUCCAACUGACAAGGGGCUCUACUGGGGGUACCCCCGGGGAAGAGUCACGGGGCAACACUCCCACACGAAGGCCUUACGCAACUCGGGGGGACACCCCGUCAAGCACCCAAAUAGCGGGUCCGGAACAGACAAGUAUCCUAGGCUCAAUACCCGUCAGACCGGUGACCAGGGACCCCCCCGCUAUGGCCACCCCCAGGGCCCAUACCACCCCCAGAGACAGGCCCAAACUGGACGCAGACUGACUAAGCACACCCUACAAAACCGGACCCACACCACGCCGAAGCGACACCAGGGGACGCACACACUGACCCCCGCUCACACGUCCCAGAAGGACCACAGGAAACCCAACGACCUGACAGGGAAUCAGCCCCAACCCUAGGGACGGACCCACACACACCCGGACCGCCGCUGACUAGGGACACGCUAUGGUACGCCGGGCGGCCGGCCUACCAGGGCAGAUAGCUAGGGGGCGGCCUACCCGCCAUUCCCGCCACCCACCCAAGCUAUACGUCAACCAGCAACAGGGGACCGGGGGACUAAACCAUCCGACCUGUAUACCUCACUGACCACUUGACCCUAGCGGACUGCAAAUCAUCAGAUACAGCCUCACCCAACAACUCCCAGAAGCCCCAGACCACAGUGAUAACUUUGGAGACUAACGGGAAUCCCGCAGCGGGCAGACGCAGGACCCCAGCUGCAAUACAUACGCCGACAAACACGCCCAGAGUCGGGGAUGGGCCCCCACCCAACUACCCACACUCUUUAGAGCGACAUCACUGCAGGGCCAAGGGGCGACCACGGAGAGGUGACAUGCACGUGGGACUGACACUGUGGACACCCCAGCUCAGGCACAAGCGACGAGCCCAACAGGGGAUCGGGAGGGUCCAGACCAAAAACAACGACACCACUAGGGACCUGACCAGGACGGGGAGGCACCACAGAGUAACCAGACAGACAAACCGCAGACCGCAGAUACCGAGCACACACAACUCUACACAAAGCGGGGCUGGCCAAGACCCAACAUCAUAG